AUGCGCAUAGACGAUCACCCAUUGGGCUCACAGCUGCCGAAAAUAGGCCAAGAUCAGUCUUUGUUGUCGCCAUCUUCCAAUUUCUUUGCCCCUAUAGUCUGCCACCCAGAUGGUCCUCGAGAAUUGGCCGAUUGGAUCUACACCGACCGUCCACAGCUCCAUAUCCAUGCUGCUCUCUUCCAGGAUACAACCCUUCUCACGAUCAGUUAUAUACAUACAUUUAUCGAUGCUAUAUCACGGGCGAACUUCUUCCAUGCCUGGAUAGCUGUUCUUCGUGGUCAAGAAGAAGAAGUACCAGCCUUUGUUCCUUAUGACCAAGAUCUUCUAUAUACACUAGGCAAAGACACCCCCAGGCAGAGCUAUAGCAAUUUCGGGCGAGUAUUGAGCGGGCUCAGCCUUGUGAUCUUUGGGCUUCGCUACAUGUUCGAGAUUCUAUGGUUCCCAAAGCUGGAAGAACACCCGAUCCGCCUUCCGGGACGGUGUGUGGAUCGAAUGAGGAAAAAUGCGCUGCAGGAACUAGCUGCCACUGCUCCAAGGGGAGCAGAAAAGCCCUUUGUGAGCGAGGGUGAUGUUGUGGUUGCCUGGUGGGUAAGGACAAUGAUCAAAGCUUUGAAACCCUCACCGGACCGGACGAUUAUGGUGAUGAACGUCUUCAAUGUGUGGAACCUUUUUCCUGAGUGGUUCCCCAAUGGUACCGCAGGCCUUAUUGGCAAUUCGUUCUUCUAUUCCUAUACCCUGCUUGUUGCAAGAAACGUUCUCCAAGAUAUCAACUUGAAGUAUGUGGCGUCCACAAACCGCAAGGCUCUCAUGGAGCACAGAACCAAGCAGCAAGUUGAGGCCAUGACUGCCAUCCAGAGAGGAAAUUUUAUGAGAGCAGCACCCCUGGUCGGGGAUUCGAAACUGCUUUUCAUGGCCUCUACUAAUCAUCACAAAGCUAGAUACUUUGAAACAGACUGGUCGACGGCUGUUAUUGCUCCCGGUGUGCCUUUAAGUGAAAGGCCUCAUGCCCUCGGCAGACCAUCGUACAUCAAUGAUAUUGAGUAUUGCCGUGGGUACCCGUCUCGUAACAUUCUGAGAGUCAUUGGAAAAGAUGCUGCGGGUGAUUGGCAUCUUUUAUUCAAGGCUAGAGCCGGUGCUUGGCCGGUGAUUCAUCAGGAGUUGAUGGAGCUGAUUGAGACAGAGAUGCGGGAUUGA